CGCACACACAUACACACACACCCUGUACAGCCCAGAGCAGGCGCUGCAGCAGAGCGAGAGAGAGCAAACGGUCUCGGGAAAAGAACUGGGAACUGCUAUAUCUGCCUGAGAGUGAAGAGAGUGAGAGAGAAAGAGAAACCCUUGGGCAAGGAAGAUAAGGGAUUGUCAAGAGGUUUAGCAUGUGCUGCUUUCACUGCAUUAAUUGGAUUCUUACAGCACCUUGACCGCUGUCACCGCCUGCCAACUCUGCCUUCAUGUGAUGUCGGCCGGGAUCAGAUGGGAAGACGCAGGAACGCCGUUAACCCUGUGGUGACACUUUGUUUGUUUUCUGUUCUCCAGCUUGCCUUGCUCUUGCAUAUCAUCCCUACGGCUACUCCACCCAUUCCUUCAGCAAACACCGCUGAAUUAAUCAGAGCUGUCCGCACUAAGAGGAUCAAUCGCUUACGUGGUGCUUGACGGGAGCGGAGUACUUACUCUUUUGUUUGGGAGGGAAAUUUCCAGGACUUACUGAUCGGACCAGUCAUCUGGGCAGUCUGCAUGGCAUCUGGGCAGUCUGCACCAGAAAGGGAUGGCAUGCACCUUUGGGUUUCCUUGGGGCACCGCUGUGCAUCUCAGACGUACAAAUGAAGCGCUUUCCCAAAACGGUUAUUAAUGCCGAGACUUCACGAUGUGGAUGUACCACAGUGAGUUUCAAAUCCCACACAAAAGGCAGCGGAAGGACCCUCGUUCUGCUCUGUGUUUGUUAUUUUUGCUUUACUACUAUGGAACAACCCCUUAACCCUUGAGUUUUUCUCCAACAUGCCAUUUUCUUGCCUUAAAAUUUGAUUUACACACUGUGUACAUUUAUAAAUGGGUGAAGUGUCUUCUCGAGACUCUUUUGUGGAAUAGCAUACCAAGAUGAUGUACUCUUCGUUGCUCCAAGUGGACUUCUUGUUUCAGAGAUGCUUGGAGCAGGUUUAAGUGGAGGCAUGUAAGUAGGGUGUAUAAUGGCUAUCACGAGGCCGGCAUAAGAGUUAUUUAUUUUUGAGAAGAGAGGAGCCAACCCGAACCACACCUUUGCUUAAAUGAAGACCGGCCGAAAUUACACAGGAAGGGAGAAAAAAAUGAUGCACGUCAACAAUUUCCCGUUCCGAAGGCAUUCCUGGAUAUGCUUUGACGUGGACAAUGGCACGUCGUCAGGACGGAGUCCUCUGGAUCCCAUGAUGAGUCCGAGUUCGGGCCUGAUCCUUCAGGCCAACUUUGUGCACAGCCAGCGGAGGGAAUCCUUCCUGUACCGCUCCGACAGUGACUAUGACCUGUCGCCAAAGACCAUGUCCCGAAACUCCUCCAUCGCCAGUGACAUGAAUAACCACCUGCCGAGACCGGGUCUGGUCUCUCGGAGAUCUGAGCCGGUUAUUAGUGGAAAGUAAGUUCUGGUUCUGGCUCGCCUGUCCUUACGGCAGCUCCUGGCCUUGCUCUUCCUCGAGGAAUGCUCUUGCUUGUCUAAUCUGCAUCACCUUGCUUCACCUGUAGAUGCCAGCAUCACGGUCUCACAUGCAUUGAGAACCCUCACCAUUUAAUGCACAGAAUGACCAUCAAAUCAACCUGCGAUGGGACAACAAAAUCAUAAUUUUCAGGUUGAUUUGAUUGGGUGAAGAUUCUGGGCAUUAAAACCUCUGUGUGUUGUAAGAGCGUAGGGGAACGUCAUGAGAGAAAUCGCAUGGAGAAGACAGAGUUCGAAUGACAUGCUGCUUGUGACUUGGACGUGUGUGUGAGUGUGUGUUUGUCAAUCUCCAUUUUUGCCAUGAUCCUGCAUUGCAUGUGAGGUGCACAUGUGACUUAUUAUUAUUAUUAUUAUUAUUAUUAUUAUUAUUAUUAUUAUUUCCUCCAGUCAGCUUGAAAACAUUCACUCUAAUGUGUUGCAUUAUUCAAUUUUCCUUAGUGGAUUUAUAUAAGUAAUAAAAUGCUUGACAUUUAAGAGAGGUGGAUGCUUUGUGAACUCUUACGUCAAAUGUUUAAACUGAUUAAUUAGAUUUCGGGCUGCAUUCGUCACAUUCGAACAACAGGGAGAGCCAACAGUACUCCAAAAUGAUCCGCUUUUGUGAAAUACUGCACAGGUCUUUAGUUGCACCACAAUCUAGUGAGUUUACUUCUAAGAUAGCAUCCAAAAAAACACUCAUGGGGACUGACCUUUCACAUUUGACUUCACAAUUGAUUACAAAAGCAUUUUAUUAAGCUAGCAAUUCUAUGCUCUAAUAAGCAAUAUGGUUUAGUGUUGUUUAUUUUAAUUGGAAACAUGAAAUAAAUGUAA